ACAAAAUCACAAAUGAAGAUGGCCAACUUCACUUUGCGCCAUCACUUGGCAUGCCUCCUUCUCUUUGCAGCUCCUUUGGUAGCCUUUUCUACCAGCGCUCCUGAGAAUUUCAUGCAAUGCCUCUCUCUUCACUCCGAAAACGCAACCGCAAUCUCUAAACUUGUUUAUACUCCAAUGAACUCUUCAUACUCUUCUGUCUUGGACGUUACCUUACAGAACCUGCGCUUCUUGACUCCUUUUGCUCCGAAACCUUUAUUCAUCGUGACGCCGCUCCACGUCUCCCACAUCCAAGCUGCCAUCAUCUGCUCCCGACGGUACGGACUCCAAAUGAGGACCCGAAGCGGCGGUCACGACUACGAGGGCCUUUCAUAUUUGUCUGAAGUCCCAUUCGUCAUUGUCGACAUGGGGAAUCUCCGAUCGAUCUCCGUGGAUGUGGAGGAAAAAACAGCAUGGGUGCAAUCGGGGGCGACGGUUGGCGAGCUGUACUAUAGGAUCGCUGAGAAGAGCAAAACCCUAGGCUUCCCGGCCGGCCUCUGCCCCACGGUCGGGGUUGGUGGGCACUUUAGUGGUGGAGGCUAUGGCACACUGCUGCGCAAAUAUGGCCUUGCUGCCGAUAAUGUAAUCGAUGCCCAGUUGAUCGACGCCCAAGGUCAGCUCCUGGAUAGAGAAUCAAUGGGGGAAGAUCUCUUCUGGGCGAUCCGAGGAGGAGGAGGCGGCAGCUUCGGCGUGGUAGUGUCCUGGAAAGUCAAGCUGGUCCCGGUGCCGUCGACCGUGACUGUGUUCGCGCUCCAAAGGACGUUGGAACAAAAUGCGACGAAGCUUGUGCACCAGUGGCAACUUGUCGCAAACAAGCUCCCCGAGGACCUAUUCUUACAAGUGAUCUUGCAGAGCUACAACUCCGGCCCCAACGGGACGAGGACGAUGCAAGCCAUUUUCAAGACCCUUUACCUCGGCGGGGUCGACUCACUCCUCAAGGUGAUAAGGAACAGCUUCCCGGAGCUCAACGUCACGAGGCAGGACUGCACCGAGAUGAGCUGGAUUGAGUCCGUUGUCUACUUCGCGGGAUUUCCAACCGGAGAGCCUUUGGAAAUCUUGCUCAACAGGAGCUCCAACACCAAAACAUUCUUCAAGAACAAAUCGGAUUACGUGAAGGAGCCAAUCCCCGAGAGUGGCUUAGAGGGGAUGUGGGAGAAGUUCUUUGAGGAAGAUGAAGGGGUGCCUAGAAUGAUUUGGAACCCCUAUGGCGGGAAAAUGGCAGAAAUUGCCGAAUCUGCCAUUCCCUUCCCUCAUAGAGCGGGAGUUUUGUACAAGAUCCAGCACAUAACGGCCUGGACCACUGGAGGCAACGAGGUUGCUCCAAAGCAUGUGAGUUGGAUACGAAGCUUCUACAGUUAUAUGGCGCAGUAUGUGUCGAAAUCGCCUCGAGAGGCAUACAUCAACUACAGAGAUCUCGACAUAGGAAUGAACAACGUGGAAGGCGACACGAGUUAUAAGCAAGCGAGCGCUUGGGGAAAGAAAUACUUCAAGAACAAUUUCGACAGGUUGGUGCUUGUGAAGACCGCGGUCGAUCCCGACAACUUCUUCCGGCACGAGCAGAGUAUUCCUCCGUUCUCAUCUUAAAAGGAAAAGAAGAAUUCUUGACUUUAGAUGUGUUCAUCGCAAUAACAAUAUGAUACUUUGUAAUUAGUGGAACAUUUGACAAUGUUGAUGUUUGAACUUUGUGCGAGUUAUUUGUUAAACAGUAUUUA